UUUAUUUGUUUACGAAAAAUUUGGCUUUGUGAAAAAAAAAAACAUAAACAUCACAAAUUAAACGUUGUUAAUUUACAUAGCUAUAUCUAAAUCACCAAAUCAUGCCUAUCAAAAGAAAUUUACAGCCAUAGCCAUAGCAGAACCUACAACGAUGUAAAUUAGUUCAAAAGAUAACUUAACCUUAUCACCCGAUGGAAAUAAAAUGAAGUUACUGAAAGCAUUUUUAACACUAAAUAUUUGUAUGGCGGCGUAUCUAGGAGAUUAUUUAGUAUUUAAAUCUAGAUUUUCAGACUCGCAAGUGUUUCGCGCGUUAACAGAUAGCGCAGUUCAUGCCAGUUUAGGAUGUCUAUCGUCAAUUUUGUUUUUAAGUCAAGAAAUAAGUUUCAAUAACACCGCCUGCAUAUUUCACAUUGGCUUCUGCACCCUGUUAUCCUCGUUCAUAGAUGUGGACCAUGUUUUUGUUGCCAAAUCUAUUUAUUGGAAGGAUCUGACAAACAACAAAUAUAGAGGUAUCUUCCAUUGUACAACCUUCUGGCUAAUCAUCACGUCAAUACUCCUAACAUACAGCUACAUAUACAAAAAAAUCAACAUAUAUAUGUUAACUUGGAUGAUAAUAUUAGCAUAUACAAGCCAUCAUAUACGCGAUGCAAAUCGGAGAGGCUUAUGGGUAUAUCCGUUUGGUCAUACGCCUCCGUUUAGUAAAAGUUUAUAUAUUUUUUUGGUCGCCAUUUUGCCUAAUAUAUUAACAGUGGUGAAUGUCUAUUUGAAACCAGAUAUUUAUAGACAUACAAUUAUUAAUUAUAAUAACAUUGUGUAAGCUAAAUAAUGGAUGUAUGUACAGAAAAACAUUGAUCGUAUAAAUGUAAUAAAUCAUUAUUGUUUUUAUUUAUUUUCGUUGUUAUAAAAAAUCUGUGAUGUAAAUGAAAUAAAUAUAUUUUAUAUUGA